UCUCAGAUCGCUACUCGCCCGGCUGGGUCGGGCGCGCAGGCGCAGUGAGGAGGCCGCGUGGGGGGAGAAGGCGGCGCUGGGCCAGGGAGGCCCGCGGCGGGAUAUCCCCGGGCGGCGAGAGCGGAUUUGCCAUGGCUUUCUGUGCUGGGCUCUGGGGCCUCUUCACCCAUGCAAGCAGAGCGCUCAGCCAGCGCAGUUUCAGCACCACCGGGAGCCUCAGUGCAAUUCAGAAGAUGACGCGGGUCCGUGUGGUGGACAACAGUGCCCUGGGGAAUACCCCGUACCAUCGCCCUCCUCGUUGCAUCCAUGUCUAUAACAAGAAUGGGGUGGGCAAGGUGGGCGACCGGAUACUGCUGGCCAUCAAGGGACAGAAGAAAAAGGCCCUCAUUGUGGGGCAUCGCAUGCCCGGUCCCCCGAUGACUCCUAGGUUUGACUCCAACAAUGUGGUCCUCAUUGAGGACAAUGGGAACCCUGUGGGGACCCGAAUUAAGACACCCAUCCCCAGCAGCCUACGCCAAAGGGAAGGUGAAUUUUCCAAGGUGCUGGCCAUUGCUCAGACCUUUGUGUGAGCAGGGCUCAGGCCGCUGGCUGUGGUAGGAAUCAUGGGAGGGAACUCAGGGCCCGUGGCUGGGGAACAGUGUCCAGUGAAAAAAUAAACCCUUUCAUGUAUGUUU